ACAUACGGAUGAAGCCAACAAUUCUCUAUUUAUUGCGAACGUACUACUCUGUAUUCUGGACGGCAUCAUCGAACCCAUCACCGAAAGUUCCGCUACCCAUCACCAUCUGGUUGGCGGAAAAGCCAUCCUCAAACAGUGGAAGGGUAUGAAAGAAGUGUUCCUUCUGAAGGAAGAGCUGCCUGUUUUGAUGCUUUCGAUCUUCGCAACCAUGGACCUAACGCAUGCCUUAUUGAUUGGAGAUGACCCCUACUUCGAUGCAUCAUCCUGGCAAGAGUUUGGAGACUGUGAACCGUGGUGGGGCCGAGUUCCCAAGAAUGACGACUUCCUCGAGAUCAUGGCCAUCCUCUCGCAACUAGCAACACUGGGCCACGAAGUUCGAAACUUUCGAAGUACUGCGCCUAUUGGCGUGCUCUUCGCAAUUCAGACGGCUCUGGAUCAGCAGGCUGCCCGACAAGAGGAAGUUGACAAGACCAAGGAACAAGCAGGGUGGACUGCAUUUUGCGCUUGCUAUCGAUUUUCGGCGUCUGUGUAUCUGUAUAGAGCUCUCAGCGUCCUCGACGUCGACCAUGAGCUUGUCCAAAAGUCCGUGGCCGACUGUAUGGAAGUCAUCAGCGGACAUGAUCUCACUGACAAAUUGCAUCAUUGUAUCUUGUUUCCCGUGCUCAUUAUCGGAACACAUUGCUUGGAUAGCAAGCAAAGAGUCGAGAUCCGGAAAAGUCUGGCUCGAACGGCAAGUUACCUAUCCUUUGAAGCUCUUCGGUCUCUGGAAUCCUUCCUCGAGAAGCGCUGGCACGAAUUGGACACAAGUCCUGAGCUCAAAGAGGCGGGCUGGUGGGUUUACUUCGAUGAAAUUGCCAAUGUGACAUGCCUGUUCUGAGGAAACUGAGGGGAGAAUCAUCGUCGCCAGCAACGCAGCAAACACCUCGACCCUGACCUCCGUCCCUGGAGCGGUCUUCUAAGCUGUGCUGUGCAAGAUGUUGAUCGUCCCGGUCCGGAGAGAAAUUAUUGCGUCGAUAUGAGCACGUCCGUUCGUUUGAGUGAAGCCUCUUUCCUUAGUGUGUAAACGACUAGAACGACCAAAUUGAAAGAUGAAUGAAUGGAGGGGCGCCAGUCUGACAAUUAUACCAGAGUUCGGAGUCUCCAUGGGAGAAACUCGGCGAUUGUAUUACGGAAAACCGGAGUUUGACCUCCGUAUUUGGACAAUAUUUCUUUUGUUCUCUCUCCAUCAGGGCUUUAUACCCGGUUUGGAUGACUCUGGGAGCGCUUCACGAUGCAGAGGACGGAGUAAGGCAAGACUAAAGCAGGCUUCAGUACCCCGGCACAUCACCA